CAUACUCUUCAGUGAACGUUUUCCUACAGUUACUACAGUCACCUGAGAAUGGCACCGGACCAUCUCAAAAUCAGGAAAAUUAUGAGGAUCAAACGGGACAGAAUGCAAUAUCUCUGCUGAUUGAGAGCAUUAGCAAUGAGUACUGUAUUAACAAAGCAAUGGUUCUGCGGUAUUAUAGAGCUGAAUGGUGGGGCAACCAUACUUGAAUAAAUAUUUUGUUCUAUGAAGAGCAUUGGAUUGGAUAUUAACAAAGGCAGUGUUUUGAUAAGUAAUAUUACAGCGCCAGGAUGAUUGGUCUUUUCCCCCCGAUGACAUCCUCUUGGCAAAAUAAUUUCUUCCCAUUUGAGACCUGAAUACAACACCAGCACCGCAACUCGCAGUUUUGCUAGCAGGUCCUUUUGGGUGGAUGAUGCUUAACACAACUACAGCGGAAUAUAAUUUAUUAAACAAAAUAUAGUUAAUGACAGUGGAGCAUGUCAGAAAGCAACAUGUUCUUGGAUUCUUUUGGGAGAUAAAUGAGCUUAGUUCGCUCAUUAAAUAAACCUAGCGAUCCUGUCGCUUUUUAAUAAUUGAUGAGGUGUGAGGUGCCUCGCUGGAUUUCUGCCUAGCUUGCCUUGUUCAAGCUACUGGGGUUUUUCUUCAAUAACGCAUUUAGCAGACUAGUCUAGUCUAACUAGACCGUUAUAGUCUACAGUUAAUCGCCGUAACCUCCUGCUAAUCUUCAGAUAGAGAGCAUUUGUGUGCGCGUUCGUCGUUUUAUUUUAGUUUCUCGGGUCUAGUUUAAUUUUAAGGUUAGACUAGCACAUUGCCUAACUAAUAUCAACAGCUACAAGAGCUGUGGUCAGCUGGCUAAAGCUAGCUGGGGCGGUACUCAGACAGAUACCGUUAUGUUUGCUAGCUAGCUAAUCACAUUGUUUGGUUUGUCCGGUUCUGUAAUACGAACUACUGUUUUCAGGAAAGGAUGCUAGUUAGCUGGUCGGUAGUUGUGUCCCCUGGAGGAAGGGCUAGCUAGUGAAAAGUUUUUUUUGCUAGCUGGCGAAUCUAGUAGCCUGUUGGCACCUACCUUAAGCAACUAAGCCACUUAAUGUAGCCAGACAAUUUGUAAUGUCUGCCUGUCGUAACCAGCGAUAUUAUUAUUAUUGUAUGUAGACAGAUGCUAGUUGCACAUCAUACCUGUCGCCAUUUCAGAUUGCAUGCAUUUUAUGUUCUUUAUCAAUAGGUUGCUAGCUAGCUAGGUUUGUGUAGGUCGAUCGCUAGCUGUGAUGCUGAGCAGUCUAGCAAGGCGUGUCGAAGCCAAUAUCUGUGAGAAACUCGACCUUGUUGAAUUGACGUAUUUGUUAUAGUUAUCCUUAUCUAGCUAACAACGGCAUCUUAGCAGCCUGAACAAAUAAAAGAGGAUGAAACGUUGCAAAUCGGACGACUUCACCUCGGUUGUGGACACCAUUAACCCGACCGAGGGUAGGGCUGGAGAUGAAGAAACGCCGAGUGUGUUUAUCUUGGAGGUGAAACAUGGGGACAACCCGGGGGGCAACCCCGAUUUAAGCAGCACGGCCCCGAGUCAGCAUACUGCGUUGACGAGGAGUAAACCACCCGAUUUAAAGAAGAUCCAGCAGCUGUCGGAAGGCUCCAUGUUUGGCCACGGGCUGAAGCACCUGUUCCACAGCCGGCGACGUUCCCGGGAGCGCGAGCAGCAGAGCUCCCAGGACUGUGGCACGGGGGCGAGCCGGGCCGGGGCCUGCUCCGACCACGAGUCCGCGGACGAGAAGGAGCGCUCGCCGGAGAUGCACCGCGUGUCCUACGCCGUGUCCUUGCAUGACCUCCCGGCGAGGCCCACGGCGUUCAACCGUGUCCUGCAGCAGAUCCGCGCCAGGCCCUCCAUCCGCCGGGGGGCCAGCCUGCACAGCAGCAGCCGCCGGACCAAGAGCAACCCAGCCGCCGAAGGCCCCAAAGGGGGCAGCCCCCACCUGGCGCGCCGCGGGGCCCAGGAGGCAUCGCUUGGCUUGGGCCCCCAGCACAGCCGGCCCCGGUCGUCCUCCACUACUGACACUGCCCUGCUGACCAUCGACCCCACCCUGCAGUGGGGGCCCGAGGACCCCGACAGAGCUGCUGAGAAGCUGGAUAAAGGCGAGAUGAGCACGUUGUGCCUCCCCCCGUCCGCCGGCCACACGGGCUCGGACGGGAACAUCAGCGGGGACGCCCCGGACGCUCCGGACCCCCAGCGCACCCGCGCCGCCCUCCAGCACCUGCAGCAGAAGGUCCUGAAGAUCACGGAGCAGGUGCGCGUGGAGCAGGAGGCGCGCGACGAGAACGUGGCCGAGUACCUGAAGCUGGCGCACAACGCCGACAAGCAGCAGGCCGCCCGCAUCAAGCAGGUCUUCGAGAAGAAGAACCAGAAGUCGGCGCAGACCAUCGCCCACCUGCACAAGAAGCUGGAGCACUACCACAAGAAGCUGAAGGAGAUCGAGCAGCCUCAAACACACACUGUGAAUAUUACCGAAAAAUCAUAUAACGGACCCUCCCGGCAGCCCAAGGACGUUCUGAGGGACAUGCAGCAGGGCCUGAAGGACGUGCGGGCCAACGUGCGGGCGGGGAUCAGCGGCUUCGGGGGCGGGGUGGUGGAGGGGGUGAAGGGAGGGGUGUCGGCCCUGUCCCACGCGGCCGUGGUGUCCAAGCCGCGCGAGUUCGCCAGCCUGAUCCGCAACAAGUUCGGCAGCGCCGACAACAUCGCCCAGCUGAAGGACACGCUGGAGGACCCGCUCCCCGAGGACACCCCCCGGGCGCUCAGCGGCAGCGCCACGCUGGUCUCCAGCCCCAAGUACGGCAGCGAGGACGAGUGCUCCAGCGCCACCUCCGGCUCGGCCGCCGGCAGCAACUCGGGGGCGGGCGCCGCCGCCGCCGGCCUGGGGGGCCUGGCCCCGCCCGUGAGCAGCCCCAAAUCCAACGCGCUGGACGCCCACCACCACCACCUGCACGGCUCCUGGGACGUCCUCCUGGAGGAGCUGCGCCAGAUCAAGGCCGGCCAAAGCAACCUGGAGGACGACAUCGAAGACAUGAAGUCCCAGCUGCACAGCGACUAUUCCUACAUGACCCAGUGCCUCCAGGAGGAGAGAUACAGGUACGAACGCCUUGAGGAGCAGCUGAAUGACCUGACGGAGCUGCACCAGAAUGAAAUGAGCAAUCUGAAGCAGGAACUCGCUAGCAUGGAGGAGAAGGUAGCGUACCAGUCAUACGAGAGGGCCAGAGACAUCCAGGAAGCAGUGGAGUCGUGUCUCACGCGCAUCACUAAGCUGGAGCUGCAGCAGCAGCAGCAGCAGGUGGUGCAGCUGGAGGGGGUGGAGAACGCCAACGCCCGGGCGCUGCUGGGCAAGUUCAUCAACGUCAUCCUGGCGCUCAUGGCCGUGCUGCUGGUCUUCGUCUCCACGCUGGCCAACUUCAUCACGCCGCUGAUGAAGACGCGGGAGCGCGUGGCGGCCACCGUGCUCCUGGCACUGGUCCUCUUCUGCCUGUGGAAACACUGGGACUUUGUGGAGGUGUGGCUUCUGCCCAGCUGAGCAGCUGGCCCCGCCCCUUUCCCCUCCUCGCUCCCGGUCUCGGGUGAAACGCUCGCGCUCGGGGCGCCCGACUGAACCGCCGAGGCCGGGCGGAACGUGGGACCGGCGGCCUCGCCCGAGAGGGACCGGCUAGCGGGUCGCCGCGGCGGUCGGCCUGGACGGGUGUGUGCGUUCUCCUCCCUUUCGCGACGGCGUGCCUGUGAGGACCGCUCUGGCGUAAGCUUCUUUUUGUUUCGAAGACGUGUGGUUUUGUUUGUGGCCAUGACGAGCCGUUUGUUUUUUCGCCCUAUGAGAGAAACGGGAUCAGGUUUCAUUCCGUGGGAACGAAGCCUUCCUUCAAGCUGCUGCAGUAGGCGCGCAUGUUGGUGGGUCCAAGCGGAGCGAUGUUGAAGAUCGAGAUGAUGAUGAAAAUGAAGAUUGCCUGAUGUAAUGGCUUCCUUAGCUACACUUCUGUGUGUCAUCAAGGAUUUAAAAAGAAAAGCAAGUUACAUGCACCAACUCUGACGGAGCUAUAAGGUGAAAUUUAUCGUAUUUAUAAAAACAAAAUGUAUUUACAUGAAUGCACAGACAGUAAUUUAAAUGGCCAUCAAAAUAUAAAUCACCAGAAUAUGAUUAAUGUGGUUGUCAGAUUUCGUUUUUUGGAAUUUGGGAGAAUACGCUUUGUUAUCAAAGUGCCGUUUUUGUGCAGUUGGUUGGGUAAGAUACCCUUUUAAAACACGUUAUUUCACAGGGCUUUCUAUACUGCCUUUAUGUCAAUGCCUUCGGUGGUAAUAAUACACAGAGGUCAUCAUGUAGUAAGCUGCUCAUUAAAUAGGUAAUGUCCAGAAAUAAGUACGUCUAGCGUGAUGUGUGGAUCUACUAAUUACCAAGCAACCAUUGGAUUAUAUUAACCAGCAUUUUUAAUAAUAAUAAUAAUAAUAAUAAUAAUAAUAAUAAUAAUAAUAAAUAAAAUUCAUUAUUUAUAAUUUAUUGAACCAGUUCUUAUUAUAACUCAGUUCUUAUUGUUGUUGUUGUUAUUAUUAUUAUUGUUAUUAUGGAUUUUAUCCUAUAAAUCACAUCAUGCUACUCCCGUAGUGUGUUAAAAUGAAGGAAAUAAAUGUACGUAAUCCAGCACUCUUACUGGGUUGUUUUUAUUGACAGACGCACAGCCCCACGUCGGGCACCUCACUGCAAACGGAUAGCUUAACGCGUUUCUGUUUCUGCCAGCCUGGGUACGUGACGUAACGGAGCUCGAGCUGGAACUUGCACGUCAAGCAUUCGUAAUGCUGGUGGCAUCGAUCCGGUCCGGUACCUCCUGGCUAGCUGCACUGGGUCAGCACCACUGUGGUCAGGGUCGACCGUAACAGAGUGAAACGACCCCGAUGAGACAGCUGAGUUAUAUGUCUGACCACUGGGGGGCGCUAAGUCCAUCCUUUCUGAGUUUUUAGGCCUCCAUCCAGGCGAUCAGCAGGAACCUCUCUGGUGUAGAAUCACUCUGCCCUACCUGGUACACUACAGUCCCUCUCUGGUGUAGAAUCACUCUCCCCUACUGGUACACUACAGUCCCUCUCUGGUCUACAAUCACACCCUCUACUGGUACACUACAGUCCCUCUCUGGUCUACAAUCACACCCUCUACUGGUACACUACAGUCCCUCUCUGGUCUACAAUCACACCCUCUACUGGUACACUACAGUCCCUCUCUGGUGUAGAAUCACUCUCCCCUACUGUUACUGGUACACCACCAGUAAUGACUAUUGCAGCCCUAAAUGUCCAGAUUGGGGAAAAUGGGUGUUGUUCGAGCAGUUUCCUGUUUUUAAGAAAAAUAAUGGGGUUUAUGGUAAAAGGAGGCUCGGAAGGUCUUAUGAGAUUUUAAGGAUAUCGAAAUAUAUCAGCCAAAUUUUUGGUCAAAAUUUUUUUUUAGUUCUUUAAAUAUGGGGAAUUUGGUGGAUCAGUUGGGAGAAACCAGUCUCUUGGGGGUUGCGAUGGAGAGUAUGUAAAUUCCAGUGGUCUGAUUUUUUGAAUAUGCAAAUUAAUCUGUGGAAUAUAUCUCUAUUCCAAUGUCUAGUUUCCAUUAUGUGUGGAACCUGAGAUUCUAACUGGUUGUCAUGGUGGCUGUUUUGAUUUACACUUGAGUUAUUCAGGUUUAUGUACGGUAUUUGAUUAGCUGUGUAAUUGCAUAGCCCAGCAAGGUUGAGGCGUGUGCCAAGGCUAAAAAUGACACUGAAAUGUAGUUCAUGACAAUAUUCUGUUAUGUACCACUUUAAAUGGCAAAAAACAAAUGUUCUGUUAUAUGAAUUCAAUAAAGGUUUUGAAAUGUAGAAAGGCUAAAAAAUAACUGCACACA